AUGAUUGAUGACUGCAAGGGGGUGUUUCAAGGAGUGGAUUCGUUGGUUGACGUGGGCGGUGGGACGGGAACCGUGGCCAAGUCCAUUGCUGAUGCCUUCCCUCAUAUGAAAUGCACUGUACUUGAUCUCCCUCAUGUAGUUGCUGACCUAAAAGGGAGUAAGAACUUGGAAUAUGUUGCAGGAGACAUGUUUGAGGCUGUUCCUGAGGCCGAUGCUAUUUUUUUAAAGUGGAUAUUGCAUGACUGGGGUGAUGAAGAAUGCGUGAAAAUACUUGAGCGAUGUAAAGAGGCAAUUACAAGAGAGGGCAAGAAAGGCAAGGUGAUUAUCGUAGAUAUGACGGUGGAGAACAAGAAUACAGAUAAGGAAUCUGGGGAAACACAACUUUUCUUCGAUAUGCUGAUGAUGGUCUUGGUUAAAGGAAGAGAAAGGAAUGAGAAAGAAUGGGCUAAGCUCUUUUCUGACGAAGGUUUCAGAUAUUGUAAGAUUACUCCUUGUUUGGGUUUAAGGUCUCUCAUUGAGGUUUAUCCUUGA